AUGCAUCGGACCGGAGAAGUUUCUACUCCAACUGUAAGUUUAACUUUAUUAUUUCUUUUAUAAGUUUAGGUGUAACAACGUAACCUUUGUUUUGUUGUAAACCUUUUAAUUGUUUAAUUUGGCUGAAUAUGCUUGGCCAAGCUUUUGUGAAUCGAUUUGGCUGGCUUCGCAGUACCUAAUUUCGAUUUUAGUCGGCGUUCCAGAUGAAGAAGGUCCAGUGGGUGGAUCGACUCGGUUCUGAGCCAAAUAUCCCCGGCUCGAUUCAUAUUACAUCGUCACAUACCGUUUUCCGAAGUGAUGGCGGCGGAAAAGAGAUUUGGGUAAGUAAUUUCUCUUAAUUCAGUUCGUUUUUAGGCAGUAAAAUAACAAGCCAAACUUCAAAUUUUGGAAAGCUAUUAUGUAGUCGUUUCAGAUACUAAAUGCAUUGAUUCAAUCCAUCGAAAAGAGUGCACUGACACCAAAUGGGACGAUGUUGACGAUAAAGUGCAAGCAUUUCCUUUCGUUAACGCUUCUAAUAGCUAAGGAGAGGGACACUCAGGAGAUCUACGAAUGCUUAAUGGCUUCUGCAAGAUUGUGCAAGUUUUUAAAGUAUUUUUAUCUUGUUUUAGGUGACUUCUGACACCUCGGACAGAUUGGUCCGUAUUUGGACGUUUGGUAUCUAAAAAAAAUUUAAUUUUUUUUUCGAGAUCAGUGGACUUAUUGCUCUUCCUUUUCAGACAACAUCAGUGGAGCGUUCGCCUUUAUUCAUCGUGAAAAAGACAAGGAUUCUGGAGCAGAUGCGGAUUGGAACCGAUUGAAUUGGGAAGACGAGUUCCAACGACAAGAGUUGAAUGAGAAUUGGAAACUAUCGGAUUUCAAUAGGAAUUACGUGUACUCAGACACAUAUCCAGAGAAGUUGUGGUUCCCGGCCAACGCGUCGACUCAAGUUUUGAUUGGAAGCGCAUCUUUUAGAUCAAGAGGAAGAUUGCCUGCUUUGACCUACUUUUACAAGCCCACUGGUGCUGUCAUUUGUCGGUGAGUCGAUUUCGGACAUUGUGAGAAGAUUUUUUGUCGAAAAUGAUAAUGGGUGACAUGUUAUACGACGGAACAUUUUUUGGGGUAAAAUUGUCGAGGAAACGUUUGGUCGUAUAAAAAGCCCAUUGUUGUAAAAUACAUGCUUAAACACUUGGAAUUUCAGUUGUGCCCAGCCCCUCUCUGGAUUCUCCGCGCGAUGCGUUGAAGAUGAAAAUUUAAUGGAGCAGAUCCGAAAUGCCAAUCCAAGCUCGUCAGCCCCGGUUUAUGUGGUCGACACUCGACCGCGAAUCAACGCCAUGGCCAACAAAGUUCAGGGAAAAGGUUAUGAAGACGCCAGGAACUAUCAGAACAUGCAAUUUCACUUCUUCGACAUCGAAAAUAUCCAUGUAAUGAGGCAAUCUCAACAAAAACUACUCGAUGCAUGCCAAAAACAACUGUCAGUUACAGAGUACUUGAAGGCGGUGGAUUCUUCGGGAUGGUUGAAGCAUUUGAAGGCGCUGUUUGAUUGUGGGAAAUUCAUUGCGGACAGUUUGGUUAUUGGUAAGGGGGGCUUGAAAAAAACGGGUAGUUUAACAUAAAGAUAGAAGAAGGGAAUAAGUAUUACAAUAUGUACGGAUACCUUGCCUCAUAAGGGUUCAGGUCUUAUACUGGUUUUUGCAUUGGUGACAUUUUAUACGAUUAAAAUUGUCCGGUAGCCUUUCGGACAGAUUUGAUCGUAUAAGAUGUCAUCAGUUGGUAAAAUAGAUGAUAUAGUGUCUGUAAUGCUAUUUGGAUAUUUUGAGAGCAGUUUUUGUAAAAUACGGUUAUUUCUUUUUCUAGAUUGUUACUUUCCUCAUGUUUUAGGUAAUUCUUGUGUUGUCCAUUGCUCUGACGGAUGGGAUCGAACCUCCCAAACGGUAUCAAUAGCCCAGUUAUUACUCGAUCCAUUUUAUCAGACUAUCAAAGGCUUUCAAACGUUGAUUGACAAAGAUUGGCUUGGAUUUGGCUUCAAAUUUGACGACCGAUGCGGUCAUAUUACGACUGGGAAUGAUGAAAGUGCAAAGGAGGUACGCACAACAUUCCGAGGUUUUUUGCCGCCACCGAUCGGUGCCGAUUUUCGCUCAAAAUGACAACAGGGCUGCGCGCCUCCGCUGAUAACUAGCUAGCCCAGAAAUGAAAAAGAGUAAAAAUUGAUUUCCAAAUAGAGUGAAAAAAGACCUAUCCAAUGAUAUAAAUAGGUCCUAUUGACUUUCUCCCCACAACGAUCUUUUUCGCCUACAAAAUUACAAAUUUUUUUCGUUUAUUCAUGGAUAAAUGCACUUUAUGAGUGCAUAAUUAAAAAAAAAUGGUACCACUCGAUAGCAAAUAGUCUCUUCUAUGUCAUAUCCAAAAAUAAGGGAAAUUCCGGCCCUUAGGGCACUACAAAAUCCAAAAAAAUAGCGUAUUUUACGUGUUUUUGCAUAUUUUUCGGGAUUUUUUGCACCGGAUGCACAAAAAUGAAAAAUCGGCUGUUAUAGCGUUGUAGUGCACUCUCGACUACAUAUACCUGCCAAAUUUCACAUUUUCAUCUUUACUCCACUUUGUGUUCUGAGCCGGUUUAGGUGUUAAGGCAACAUCGCUGGAUACGGCAAUGCCGGAUGCCGAUUUUAAAUUUUUUUUCUGUCUUUUCAGUCGUAUUGACUUUGAACGUCAUGUAUAUAACGUAAAUUUAAGUAAAAUCGCACAUGUGCAACGUGUUACGGGACGUCGCUGCAUCCGGAUUCCAUACCUGUUUCUAGCCAAAUAAACGUCGGAGCAUAUUCUGGCAGGUCUGCUGUCACCUAAAUGCUAGUCCUGAAACAAAAAUUCCCUUAUUUUCGUCUUGUUGAACUCAAACACGUUGGUGUCAUUACGUCAAUUUAUGAAAGGGCAUUUUGUCAUCUGGAGCAAAAAUCAGUAUAUAAUAUUGAUAUGAACGCAAUAUGUCUCAAAAAUGAAAAAAAAAAUUUAAAAUCGGCAUCCGGCAUUGCCGUAUCCAGCGAUGUUGCCUUAACACCUAAACCGGCUCAGAACACAAAGUGAAGUAAAGAUGAAAAUGUGAAAUUUGGCAGGUAUAUGUAGUCGAGAGUGCACUACAACGCUAUAACAGCCGAUUUUUCAUUUUUGUGCAUCCGGUGCAAAAAAUCCCGAAAAAUAUGCAAAAACACGUAAAAUACGCUAUUUUUUUGGAUUUUGUAGUGCCCUAAGGGCCGGAAUUUCCCUUAUUUUUGGAUAUGACAUAGAAGAGGCUAUUUGCUAUCGAGUGGUACCAUUUUUUUUUAAUUAUGCACUCAUAAAGUGCAUUUAUCCAUGAAUAAACGAAAAAAAUUUGUAAUUUUGUAGGCGAAAAAGAUCGUUGUGGGGAGAAAGUCAAUAGGACCUAUUUACAGGGUGACCCAAAAAAACGAUCAUCAAGACUUUUCGUAAUAAAAAGUUUGUUUUUCGGUACAAGCGCAAAUUUAUGAAUUCAAACGAUAAACAACAAACCUGGUGAUCAAGUACUAAGCUAGUUUCUUUCGCAGCAGCACUUGGCGGCGAUAUAGAGCGCCAAACGUAACUUAAAAUUUUGGGCUCGGGGCCGCAGCUUUUUUCGGGGAAAUCGUUCCCGUUCUCAGCGCAGCGAUCACUCAGUGACUCCAAACUUUUGUGACGUGUAGUACAGGUACUGCCCUCCAAUUGAAAAAAAUUUAUAGUUCAUCGGUCUCAGAUCCGGCGAGCAGGCGCACUUUUCGCAGACUGGGUCAAAUCGGAAAAAUCGGUCCCAAUACUGGUCUUGAACCGCUUUUGCCUUGUGAGCCAGCGCUGAGUCUAGUUGAAACGCCAAAUUUGCAUCGCCAAGGUUCUUCUAAGUCAACGGAAGCACGACGAGAUGGAGAUUAACGCAGAGCUAGAAUUUUGCCCCCUUGAUCCACUAAAAGCAUGGAUUUCUUGCCGCUGGCACAAAUUCCGCCACAGAGGGUAACGGUCCGCAUUUUUUCGGGUUUUGACGUUAGCUAAUGUGCUCGGGGUCUCAUUGGACCAGAUCCUGUCGUUCUGGUGGUCGUGCAUCCGUUAAACAUUGAACCACGAAAGGAAUGCGCUCACACCUCUGAGCUGCGGCCCGACCCUUAAGUUUCAGGCAUCUCUGGCGCUCUACGCGCUUGUUGCCGCCCUUGAGGGGUUGACCUUUUUGCGGCUUGUACAGUACGGGGUUGAGCUUAUCUUUGGCUAUUCGGUAGACGAAUCGAUCGCUGAUACCGUUCUUGCGGGCGAUUUUUUCUCGAAAUUCGCGGAUUUUGUUGUUAAUGAUGCCGCGUCUCGCAGAAGUGUUUGCGGUGCGUUUUCUUUCACUUCCUGGACGCUGACUACUGUUGCCGAGCUACUUGUAUCUUGUGAUUGCUUUCGACACAGCGUCCUUUCCACAUCUAGCAAAUUAACAAGUUUCCUUUUGUCGAAACGGUCCCAAAAUCGCAGUCCCUUUCUUUUGACAUUUAAAAAAACAUGUUAAUCAAUCGAUAUGGACAUGAAAAGGGAAGUACUAGGACAAAAAAACACGGAGAAUUUAAUAGUGUAAUAAUUAUUUCCCUGCAUCUAAAAAUUUUCGCGUUAGGACACAAACAAAUUUGAUGAUCGUUUUUUUGGGUCACCCUGUAUAUCAUUGGAUAGGUCUUUUUUCACUCUAUUUGGAAAUCAAUUUUUACUCUUUUUCAUUUCUGGGCUAGCUAGUUAUCAGCGGAGGCGCGCAGCCCUGUUGUCAUUUUGAGCGAAAAUCGGCACCGAUCGGUGGCGGCAAAAAACCUCGGAAUGCUGUGGUACGGUGAUUAAGCUUUUGCAAGUAGAAUUUUCAGAUCUCCCCGAUUUUCACCCAAUUUAUUGAUGUUGUUUAUCAAAUUAUGCGUGUGGAACCUCAUGUAUUUGAAUUCAAUGAAAGGUUUUUGUUCGAAAUUAGCGAACACUCGUAUUCUUGUCAGUUUGGGACAUUCUUGGGCAAUUGUGACAAAGAUCGGACGGUAAAUUUUUAAUAUUUUUGAGAAAUUUUUAUUAUUCAUGAUGAUGAUUACUGGAUUUUAGGAUUUACGAGUCUAUCAGAGGACAAAAUCUUUGUGGAAACAUAUGGAAAGCAACCUGAACACUUAUAGCAAUCCUUUUUAUAAGGUAAAAUUUAAUUUUUCAAGGGUGUUUUUUUUGGUAAAAUACGAUUUUUUUCUUAAAAUUUUUAGCCAAAUUCCUUGGACAUUAACCGAAUUGAACUCCCAUAUUCUGCAAUUGUGGUAUGGAGCGCUCUGUAUAAUCGCUUCGACACUGGAAUUCAGCCCAGAGAAUAUCUGGCGGACUUGGGAUCGGCGAUAAAAGAACACAAUGUUCUGAUGGAAAGGAUGCUCAAAGGAGAUGGCGAUGUAGGUUUUGGCUAUUUUUCAAAAAGUUGGAAUUUUAUUUUUUUGGUACUACUCCUUCCGGAAAGUCGCCGGGCUGAUUUUUGGUGCUUGCACUGUGCGAAAAAGUCGGGGUGCAAGCGACAGCUCAAAAAAGUGCAAAAAUGAAGAAGCUGCACAGUGCAAAGAAAAUUUUUGUUUUUUCGCACGUCGUCAAUUUCAGUCGGGCGACUUUCCGGAAGGAUCAAUAAACGCACAGUGCAAUGGAAAAAAAUUAAUUGAAAUUUUUUCUUGCGCACGGUGCUGAAUUUUUUUUAUUGUUUUUUUGCACAGUGCGAAUGAAAGAGAAAAAAGUGCACUGUGCUGACGGAGAAAUAAAAAAAAAAAAAAAAAAAAAAAAAAAAAAUUAUAUAAGUUUCCAACUGCUCGUUGGAAAACUUUGCAUAUUUUUUAUCGCACAGCGCGAAGAAAAAAUUCUUUGUGAAUGCACGGUGCGAUCAAAGUUUUUAUAAAAAAAUAUAAAAUCUUUUCCAAAUCGAAUUUUCAAAAAAUGUAAAAUUUUUAGCUACCCCCAAAAGUCGCUCUCCAAUGGCAACCCCUUCUAAAUUGUGAAGAAUGCGCUUCCGCUGUUUGUCGUCGAGAAUUUGUCUCCAGAUUCGAUCGACGUCAACACUGCGCCUCUUGUGGAUUCGUAUUUUGCUCGCGGUGCAUUCGCCCGGCCCAGGACAGGUCGAUAAACCUGUGUAAUAGAUGCGGCGCUUAG